CUGCAGUCUGAAAUGACAAACCUAACAGUCUUGUCUCCUUUUCUUCAGUGAGAACGGAUCAGCCUCACUCACAGGGAGUUUCUGAGAUGGAAGCAGCUCACAUCAGCCCAGAGCUUCCUAUUCGAUGGGUUGUUUCUGCAGACAGGACUGUUGAGAUCAAGGAGGAAGUGACUGAGCUGGGGUGCGACCAGGCCAAUGAGCGGAUCCUGCAGGACGAAACGCCACCUUCUAGCAUCGCCGAGAGAGGUACAGAUGUGAAGCUUCCUGAAGUGGAGCCUGUCCUCAUUAAAGAAGAGACUCCAGAAGAACCAGAGCCUGUCCACAUUGAGAAAGAAGUCACAGCUCUGGAACCUGUCCGCAUAAAAGAGGAUAGUCCUGUACUACAAUCCGUUUAUAUUCAAAGAGUUAUUCUCAAUCCUAAACCCUUACUCACCUUGCUGGGCUCACGAAAUAAAUGUGGAGAGAGCUUCUCCCAAUUACAGAGUCUUAAACGCCAGCAAAAUCACACAGGGUAUAAACCACAUCAUUGUAGUGAAUGUGGAAAGAGCUUCACUCAUUUGGGGAAUUAUAAAAGACAUCAGCGAGUUCACACAGGAGAGAAACCACACCAGUGCAAUGAAUGUGGAAAGAGCUUCAGUGAUUUAGGAAACCUUAAACAACACCAGCGAGUUCACACAGGAGAGAAACCGCACCAGUGUAAUGAAUGUGGGAAGAGCUUUGCUGAAUUAGGAAGUCUGAAAAAACACCAACGAAUUCACACCGGAGAGAAACCAUACCAGUGUACUGAAUGCUGGAAGAGCUUCACUCAAUCAGGAAAGCUUAAACAACACCAGCGAGUUCACACAGGAGAGAAACCGCACCAGUGCAGUGAAUGUGGAAAGUGCUUCACUGAAUUAGGAAGUCUUAAAACACACCAUCGAAUUCACACAGGAGAGAAACCACACCAGUGUAAUGAAUGUGGCAAGCGCUUUAAUGAAUUAGGAAGUCUUAAAACACACCGACGAAUUCACACAGGAGAGAAACCGUACCACUGUACUGAAUGCUGGAAGAGAUUCACUCAGUUAGGAAAGCUUAAACAACACCAGCGAGUUCACACAGGAGAGAAACCGCACCAGUGUAAUAAAUGUGGGAAGAGCUUUGCUGCAUUAGGAAGCCUUAAAAGGCACCAGCAAGUUCACACAGGAGAGAAACCGUACCACUGUAAUGAAUGUGGAAAGCUCUUUGCUUUAUUGGGAAGCCUUAAAGCACACCAGCAGAUUCACACAGGAGAGAAACCGUACGAAUGUAGUCGAUGUGGGAAGAGAUUCGCUCGAUUAGGAAAGCUUAAACAACACCAGCGAGUUCACACAGGAGAGAAACCGCACCAGUGUGAUGCGUGUGGAAAGGGCUUCACUCAGUUAGGAAAUCUUAGAAGACACCAGCAAGCUCACACAAGAGAGAAACCACAGUGAAUUCUGAAAUCUUCAAAGACACCAACAAUCGCACGAGAGAAAAUCCCCAGCAUUGUAAUGAAUGUGAGAAGAGCUUCUGUCGAUAGACACGACUUAAAUCGCAUAGCGAAGUGACAUAGUGAAACUUACUGCGCUGAAUGUGGUUAAUGGUUAACCCUUAUCAGUCCAUUUAUUCUCACAAGCGCUCUUUAUUUUACAUGCGUUAUUUUAAAUAUUUAUUUUUCAGGGUAAAACAGGUAUAAAAAGUCCUGCAUAGCAAAAGGACGACAGUACUGCAUCUCCAGCCAAGCCCCACCCUUUGCUCACUGUAUU